AUGGGAAUUAUCCAAGCUGAUAUUGGCAAAGGCAAAACCCUCUUAAUGGCAAUUUUAGCCCGCUCCAUGCCUUACGGAAUUAAAAAAGUGGGUUUUGUUUCUAAUGUUCCUGAUUGUGAAUUAUUAAGUUAUAGUGAUAUCAAUUUCCAAGAAAAAGUGCCUCGUAAAGAUACUUUUCGUAUUCCUAAAUAUUUCUUUUUAGAUGAGACUAAUUAUUAUAUCGAUGGGGUAAAUGUAGCCGCUAAUCGUUUAUACCACGAGGGAGAUAAAUCGUUGGGUUCUUUUCGUUUUAUUGGCGAUGCCUACUGGCAUGAAACUAAAAAAAGAUAUGUUGCUAUUUUGUGGUUAACAGGUCCCACCAAGAAUAAAUUAGAAAAAGAAACUAUUAACUAA